AUGUCGCUUGUCACAGUGCCCUUUUACCAAAAGCGACACAAACACUUUGACCAGUCGUACCGCAAUGUUCAGACAAGGUACCUUUUGGAUGAAUAUGCUGCGAAAAAGCGCACCUCCAGCCACUCAUCUUCCCAGAAGUCUUUCUCACAGAAGUCAUCUUCCCAGAGAGCGGCCGGCCAGACGGCGUUUAGGGGGGCGACCUGCAGUAUCUGUGCAAAGAGACUGAGCACCGAGGCUCUGGAGGAGGAGGAGCAGGAGAAGCAGAGCAGGUACCAGUCUCUGGUGGCCUCUUAUGGGGAAGCCAAGCGGGAGCGUUUCCUCCGGGAUCUGGCUGAGAUGGAGGAAAAUAUGCACCAGGCGCGCACACAGGCUCAGGACAAGCUGGACAAAUACGCCAUUCAGGAGAUGGUGGAGGACAAGCUGACCGGGCACAGGCACUCCUACUUGGAGCGGAUGCGCCGGGCCCCCGAGAUCCUGGUGCGCCUGAGGUCCCACACCGUCUGGGAGAGAAUGUCUGUGAAGCUCUGCUUCACCGUGCAAGGGUUUCCCACCCCCGUGGUGCAGUGGUAUAAGAAUGGUAGUUUGAUCUGCCAAGCAGGAGAGCCGGGCAAGUACAGAAUCGAGAGCAAAUAUGGCGUGCACACGCUGGAGAUCAAUAGGGCAAACUUUGACGAUACAGCGACCUACUCGGCCGUGGCCACGAAUGGGUACGGGCAGGUGUCGACAAACGCCGCCGUGGUGGUGAGAAGGUUCCACGGAGACGAGGAGCCAUUCCACUCGGUGGGACUCCCGAUUGGAUUGCCUCCUUCGUUCAUGAUUCCAUACAUGCACUUUGAUGUCCAGUUUUUGGAGAAGUUUGGGGUCACCUUUAGGAGAGAAGGCGAGACUGUUACUCUCAAGUGCACACUGCUGGUAACACCGGAGCUGAGGAGGGUACAGCCACGCGCCGAGUGGUACAGAGACGAUGUGCUAGUGAAGGAGUCCAAGUGGACCAAGAUGUUCUUCGGAGAAGGCCAGGCCUCUCUGUCCUUCAGCCACCUGAACAAGGACGACGAGGGCCUGUACACCCUGAGGAUUGUGUCCAGAGGGGGCAUCAGCGAGCACAGCGCCUUCAUGUUUGUCCGAGACGCCGACCCGCUGGUCACAGGGGCUCCGGGCGCGCCCAUGGACCUGCAGUGCCACGAUGCAAACCGCGAUUAUGUCAUCGUGACUUGGAAGCCGCCCAACACCACCACCGAGAGCCCUGUCAUCGGCUAUUUCAUUGAUCGAUGCGAAGUGGGAACGGACAACUGGGUUCAGUGCAAUGAUACUCCUGUGAAAAUCUGCAAAUACCCUGUAACCGGUCUCUUCGAAGGAAGGUCGUACAUCUUCCGUGUGAGGGCAGUCAACAGCGCGGGCAUCAGCAGGCCUUCCAGAGUGUCUGAGGCCGUGGCUGCCCUUGACCCUGUUGACCUCAAGAGGUUACAAGCGGUCCAUUUGGAGGGGGAUAAAGAAAUCGUGAUCUACCAGGAUGACCUCGAAGGCGACGUUCAGACUCCAGGGCCUCCCACCAACGUGCAUGCUUCGGAAAUCAGCAGAACAUAUGUUGUUCUCAGCUGGGACCCACCUGCUCCCCGUGGCAAGGAGCCGCUGAUGUAUUUCGUCGAGAAGUCCGUGGUUGGGAGUGGGACCUGGCAGCGGGUCAACGCCCAGACGGCUGUGAGGUCCCCUCGGUACGCCGUCUUUGACCUUGCUGAGGGGAAGCAAUACGUGUUUCGGGUUUUGUCAGCCAAUAAGCAUGGCCUGAGCGACCCGUCGGAGAUCACUGCCCCCAUCCAGGCUCAGGAUAUGAUUGUUGUCCCCUCUGCCCCGGGCCGGGUGCUGGCGUCCCGGAACACGAAGACAUCGGUCGUGGUGCAGUGGGACAGGCCAAAGCACGAGGAGGACCUGCUCGGCUACUACGUGGACUGCUGCGUGGCGGGGUCCAACAUGUGGGAGCCGUGCAAUCACAAGCCCAUCGGCUACAACAGGUUUGUGGUGCACGGCCUGACGACCGGCGAGCAGUACGUGUUCCGGGUGAAGGCUGUCAAUGCUGUCGGCACGAGUGAGAACUCACAGGAGUCCGACGUCAUCAAGGUCCAGGCUGCCCUCACUGUCCCUUCACAUCCUUAUGGGGUCACACUUCUGAACUGUGAUGGCCAUUCCAUGACCCUUGGCUGGAAGGUACCUAAAUUCAGCGGGGGAGCACCCAUCCUUGGCUAUUACAUAGACAAGCGCGAGGCUCACCAUAAGAACUGGCACGAGGUCAACUCUUCACCCAUCAAAGAGAGGAUCUUAACGGUGGAGGGCUUGACGGAAGGCUCACUCUAUGAGUUCAAAAUCGCUGCCGUCAACCUGGCCGGGAUCGGGCAGCCGUCAGACCCCAGCGAACUCUUCAAGUGUGAGGCCUGGACCAUGCCUGAGCCUGGUCCUGCCUAUGAUCUGACGUUCUGUGAGGUCAGAGACUCGUCCCUGGUCAUGCUGUGGAAAGCCCCCGUGUAUUCUGGCAGUGGCCCCAUUACGGGGUAUUUUGUGGACUAUAAGGAAGAAGAUUCUGGAGAAUGGAGCACCGUGAAUGAGGCAGCAACCGCCAACCGUUAUUUAAAGGUGUGUGACCUGCACCAGGGCAAAACCUAUGUGUUCAGGGUCCGGGCCGUGAACGCCAGUGGGGUGGGAAGGCCGUCGGACAUGUCUGAACCAGUGCUUGUGGAGGCCCGGCCAGGCACCAAGGAGAUCAGUGCUGGUGUGGACGAGGAAGGCAACAUCUACCUGAGCUUUGACUGUCAGGAAAUGACUGACGCGUCCCAGUUCACAUGGUGCAAAGCCUACGAGGAGGUUGCAGAUGACCAGAAGUUCCGGGUCGAGACGGUGGGAGACCACUCGAAGCUGUACUUUAAAAACCCGGACAAAGGGGAUCUAGGAACUUACUCAGUGUCCGUGAGUGACACGGACGGGGUGUCCUCCAGUUUCACCUUGGACGAAGAAGAGCUUGAACGUUUGAUGGCACUGAGCAACGAAAUCAAGAAUCCCACGAUUCCUCUGAAAUCAGAAUUAGCUUAUGAGAUUUUUGAUAAGGGCCAGGUUCGCUUCUGGCUCCAGGCUGAGCACUUAUCACCAGAUGCGAGCUACCGAUUCAUUAUUAAUGACAGAGAAGUCUCUGACAGUGAGAAACAUAGAAUUAAAUGCGACAAAGCAACUGGCCUUAUUGAGAUGGUCAUGGACCGAUUCACUAUUGAGAAUGAAGGCACCUACACUGUGCAGAUUCACGAUGGAAAAGCCAAGAAUCAGUCCUCCCUGGUUCUCAUUGGAGACGCGUUCAAGGCUGUCCUAGACGAAGCUGAAUUUCAAAGAAAGGAAUUCCUCAGGAAGCAAGGCCCUCAUUUUGCUGAGUAUCUGCACUGGGAUGUUACAGAUGAAUGUGAAGUUCGACUUGUUUGUAAGGUUGCAAACACCAAGAAAGAGACAGUUUUCAAGUGGCUGAAGGAUGAUGUACUGUAUGAAACAGAAACGUUGCCGGAUCUGGAGAAGGGAGUCUGCCUGCUGCUCAUACCCAAGUUGUCCAAGAAGGACCUCGGUGAAUAUAAGGCAACCUUGAAAGAUGAGAGAGGUCAAGAUGUCUCUGUCCUUGAGAUAGCUGGCAAAGUAUAUGAGGACAUGGUUUUGGCAAUGAGCAGAGUCUGUGGGGCAUCUGCUUCUCCACUAAAGGUACUCUGCACCGAAGAAGGAAUAAGACUUCAGUGUUUCAUGAAAUAUUUUACCGAGGAAAUGAAAGUGAACUGGUAUCACAAAGAUGCCAGGAUUGCAUCUAGUGAGCAUAUGAGGAUUGGAGGCAGUGAAGAGAUGGCCUGGCUGCAGAUCUGUGAGCCCACAGAGAAGGACAAAGGAAAAUACACCUUCGAGAUUUAUGAUGGCAAAGACAACCAUCAGCGCUCACUCGACCUGUCUGGUCAGGCGUUUGAUGAGGCCUUGGCAGAAUUCCAGCAGCUCAAGGCCGCUGCUUUUGCAGAGAAGAAUCGUGGCAAGGUGAUUGGUGGCUUACCUGACGUGGUGACCAUAAUGGAGGGCAAGACCUUGAACCUGACCUGCACGGUAUUUGGAAACCCUGACCCCGAAGUGGUGUGGUUCAAGAAUGACAAGGACAUCGAGCUCAGUGAGCACUUCUUAGUCAAGGUGGAGCAGGGCAAGUACGUCAGCAUGACCAUCAAGGGCGUGACCUCUGAGGAUUCGGGCAAGUACAGCAUCCACGUCAAGAACAAGUACGGAGGCGAGAAGAUCGACAUCACCAUCAGUGUGUACAAACACGGGGAAAAGAUCCCAGACAUCUCGCCGCCCCAGCAGGCGAAGCCGAAGCUCAUUCCGGCCUCGGCCUCUGUGCUGGCCCAGUGAAGGAGCUGCUGCCGGGCGGAAAGGCCACCUGAGUGCUGUGUGCUCGUUCAGACGGCGGACCGUGAGUGAGGUCACGUGCGCCGACGGCCCAGCAUGCGUUAAUGCUUUUAGUUUUGGUACUUGGUUGUUAUUCUUUUAUUGUCCCUCUAAGGGUGGAAGCUCAGCUUGUUUGCAUCAGGGUAAAACAACGUCUGUGGAUGCCCGCAGAGGGGGGUGGUUGCAAGGUGCCUUCUCAGAUUUCCAUGGAUGCUGGCCUGGGACGCAAAGCCCCAGGCAUGCUGGUGGUUGUGGUCUGUGGGGCAGACAGCUGAGCAGCUCUGGAAUCCUGGCUGUAGAGCCUUGCACGCGUGUGGUACCUGGUUGCACUGAGGUUUUCUGUCGCUGUAGAUGAAUAAAACUUCAUAAAGG